CUGAAGCUUUUCAUAUAAGGUAGUGUGAACAGGAAUCUCCACGCAUUUCUCUCAAACCUCGAACAUAGUAGAUUGUUGAACUGAUCAAUGAUCUACACCUGGCACUGAUACUUUCAUGAAACAAACAAGCGGAACUACAUUGUACCUACACAAGGCUUUCGUUUUUUCUUUGUCAUUGGUGUUAAUACGGUUUAAGACAUAUAAUUGCACCCUUUCGAGAUGUUGGAUCUGUUAAUCAACAUGAUGUAUAGAAGUCUAUAUGUGCUGCUGCUGAGUGUUUCUGCAGGCGCCGGGGAGAAGACGUGCUCCCUGAAGGAGAAGCUGCCUGUUUCUGACGGUUCCAGGCUCGUUGGGGCUAUAUUUGAUACACUCCUAACUACAGGAGUAGCAAUGUGCGCGAAAGAAUGUCUUGGGAGAACAGCUUGCCGAGCGUACAACUUCCAUCUUGACGAUGGCAUCUGUGAGCUGAGUAGGGCUUCUGAUGAAUCUUCUGAUGGAGUAUCAAUGAAAGCGGAAGCAAGAUAUAUUUUUUCCAAGGCUCAAGAUUGGCCUAAACGAAUACUGGGAACAUGUGAAAACCACAACUGCUCUUUCAACACACGGUGUGUACAAAAACGUGACGGACUGGAAUGUGUCACUUCUUACUGCCUGGAUCCACCAACGGUAGAAUUUGCUACGCCGGUAUCCGUUGGUCCACUGACGCCUCUAGCACAGUCCCUACCUUACGAGUGCGCAGUGGGAUACGUGCCGUGUGGUCAUGUCACAUGCAACGCUGAUGGAACGUGGUCAACCAUGACCUGUAUGCGAUUCCCAGAUUCUACAGAUUAUCACCCCUGGUUCUUCAGCACCAUACCGUCCAUAUUAUGGUAA